AUGUUCUCUACUCUUACCUCCUCUUUGAUCGCCUUCUGGUGCCUUUCGACUAUGACAUCGGCAACCCCUUUCUCAUAUGACAACAACCCGCUGAAGAACAAUUUCCCUACCCCAAGCAAUGACCAGAUCAAAGCCAUUGAGACACAAGCACACGGCAGCCUGCCAAAUACCGCUCCGCCGGCCACCGCCCAACAGAAUACGCUGACGAGCCUCCGCCUCAUCGCCUUCAACGAGCUCUUCGAGGUAGCUUUUUUUGCUGAGCUUAUUGCCAAUAUUACCAAUAACGUGGAUGGGUAUAAGAUCAACGACGUCAGCACUAAGAAAUCUGUCCUGGCCAGCCUCAUCGCCAUACAAGCUCAAGAGGAACUCCAUACGUUGGAUGCCAACAACGCCCUUAAGCACUUCAAGACCGACCCCAUCCAGCCAUGCCACUACGACUUCCCAGUCUCCAACCUGAACGACGCCAUCGGCCUUGCGUCAACCUUUACCGAUAUGGCCCUUGGAGUUCUCCAAGAUGUGCAAUCCCAACUAGGAUCAGAUGGCGAUAUCGGCCUUAUCCGCGGCGUAGGGGCAAUAAUCGGCCAAGAAGGCGAGCAGAACGGGCUUUUUCGCCAAUUCGGAAACAAAAUCCCCAGUGCCCUGCCAUUUCUAACGACUAGUACUAGAGACUUCACCUUCUCAGCCAUAAACCAAAACUUCGUCGUCCCGAACUCGUGCCCGAAUAUUAAUGUGAUCGACCUCAAGAUAUUUUCCCCUCUCACUGUGGACAGUGAGACACUUAAAAGCCUCCAGCAAAACCCCAAACCAACAACCUUGAAGUUCAGCUUCCAACUUCCUUUGGGUGGUCCUAAGCCUGAGUGGGGAUCUGACUGGACCGGCUUGAAGCUUGCAUAUAUCAACCAACAGAAUAUACCAGUCACAGAGAACCUUCACAACGUCAAAGUCAACACCGACACUGUCUCAUUCGAGGCACCCUUUCUAUUUGAUGCUGCAACAUUUGGCAAUGGGUUGACAAUCGCAGCUGUUGCCUCAGCCUCAGCUGAUUUCUCAUCCCCUGACAACAUUGCAAAGGCACCUGUUGUCUUUGGACCUGGCUUGAUUGAAGUCAAUUAG